UACACCUCUCCAAACCAUCUCUUCCCAUUUCAUCAUCAUCCAUCCAUCAUAUCCUCUCCAAAAUUAACUUUUUGUUUUCUUUUUUCUCCCACAAAAAUCCGCCAUUGUUGUUUCUCUCUCAAGUUCUUCCACUUCCACUGCACGCCCUCCCAAUGGCGUGUCUCAAUACCUCCUGUUUUCGUCAGACUGUUGGAGAGAAGACGACGAAGAAGAGGACGAUAUCGGAGAAAGAAACAUGUACGCUCGAUGGAGCUGUCGACCGACACGGCCAUCCUGCCAUCCGGGACAAAACCGGAACUUGGUUCGCAGGAAUCCUGAUACUAGUGAACCAAGGGCUGGCGACACUGGCGUUCUUCGGAGUAGGAGUGAACUUGGUGCUGUUUCUGACACGGGUGGUGGGACAGGACAACGCCGCGGCGGCCAACAACGUUAGCAAGUGGACAGGAACUGUCUACAUUUUCUCUCUUCUUGGUGCCUUCCUCAGCGAUUCCUACUGGGGAAGGUUCAAGACUUGUGCCAUUUUCCAGGCUAUUUUCGUCAUUGGUCUUGCUUCACUAUCAAUAACAUCCUACAUAUUUCUGGUGAGACCAAAGGGGUGUGGUGAUGAACAAACUCCAUGCAAUUCCCGUUCCUCCUUCCACAUGGCUCUGUUCUACCUCUCUGUUUACUUGGUUGCCCUUGGCAAUGGAGGUUACCAGCCCAACAUAGCCACAUUUGGGGCAGACCAGUUUGAUGAAGAGGACCCUAAAGAAGGCCUCUCCAAAAUUGCCUUCUUCAGCUACUUCUACUUGGCUCUCAACCUUGGCUCCCUCUUCUCCAACACUAUUUUGGGUUACUUUGAGGAUGAAGGCAUGUGGGUCCUUGGUUUUUGGGCUUCUACAGCCUCUGCUGCCAUGGCUUUGCUCUUGUUCCUAUGUGGAAUCCCUAGGUACAGACAUUUCACUCCUAAAGGAAAUCCCCUCUCUAGGGUCUCUCAGGUGGUGAUUGCAGCCACCACAAAGUGGAAGGUUCAGAUCAUGACUGAUUCAGAGGGUUUGUUUGACGAAGAUGACAAGGAAUUAGUCAGCAACGGAGCUAGGAAGAUUCUCCAUACCAAUGGAUUCAAAUUUUUGGAUAGAGCAGCAGUAAUUACCUCGUCGGAGUCGGACCAAUUGGAGGACGGAGCUCGGAAUCCAUGGCGUCUCUGUACUGUUACUCAAGUCGAAGAAGUCAAAUGCAUCCUCAGACUCCUGCCGAUUUGGCUUUGCACGAUCCUCUACUCCGUCGUCUUCACUCAAAUGGCUUCUCUGUUCGUCGAGCAAGGCGCCGCCAUGAGAACCAACAUCUCCACGUUCCACAUCCCUCCCGCAAGCAUGUCCAGCUUCGACAUUCUCAGCGUCGCAGCGUUCAUCUUCAUCUACCGCAGAGUAAUCGAUCCAGUCUACGCUCGAUUGACCAAAUCAAGCGUCACCGAGCUUCAAAGAAUGGGGAUCGGCCUCGUAAUCGCAAUCUGCGCCAUGGUAUCCGCCGGAACCGUCGAGAUUUUCAGAUUAAAACACGCCACAAGAGAUUGCCUCCACUGCGAUGGAUCGAGUUCCUUAAGCAUAUUCUGGCAGAUUCCGCAGUACGUUCUGAUCGGCGCAUCGGAGGUCUUCAUGUACGUCGGACAACUGGAAUUCUUCAACAGUCAGGCGCCGGACGGACUGAAGAGCUUCGGUAGCGCGCUGUGUAUGACGUCGAUUUCGUUCGGAAACUACGUGAGCAGCUUGCUGGUGACGAUCGUGAUGAAGAUCUCGGCGACCGAUAACAUGCCGGGAUGGAUCCCCGGAAACCUAAACAGAGGCCAUUUGGACAGAUUUUUCUUCCUCUUGGCCGCCCUCACGGCGGCGGACCUCGCCGUCUACAUCCUCUGCGCGAAAUGGUACAAGUACAUCAAAUUCGAGAGCCGGGAGGCGGACGCCGCCGUCUAGGGUUUUUCUCCGGUCGACGGUGGCGGCGGAGAGGUAGAGCGUAGUUGCCAGUGGAAUCCACGCCGUUCGAUCUGAUUUGGAUGGUGUCUGAUCAAAUUAUUUGAUUGGAGAAAUAAAUAAAUAAAUAUUUUCAAGGUGAUUUGAUCGAAGUCGUUGAAAUUGGAUAGGACAAUUGUGGCCGUAGAUCCGGUUGAAGGGAUGAUCAACCGUUGGUGCUAUGAGACUAGAGAGAUGAUUCCGAUUACUUCUCCAGUUGAGCGGGUGUUGUGAGAUAUUUUACUUGACCAUGUGGGUGUGUUGAGUAAAACUUUUGUUCAUCUCUUCCAUUUAAUUCAAUGUUUCAUUAUUAUGUAAAAAAGUUGUAUCACUCUUCACUCCCAUGUCUAGUUUAAUUGGUUAAUUUUAACUUUAAAGUCCAA